UAUCACUAGCGCCCAGACUCCCAACAGACAAUGCAUGGUCAUGCAAGAACUUGGGCCAUGUUUCAUGUACAAUUUGAAUGAAUUGGUCGUUAUUUUAUCUAAUAUUUAGCCUGUAGUUAUUAAAAUUUGAGUACUUCACAGCAAGAACAUGAAGCUCACGUUCAAGACUCUACAACAACAGACUUUUUCCGUUGAAAUCGAAGCAGAAAAAACGGUGGGUCGACCAUGAUAAUACGUCUAAGAAAUGUAGAUACAGUAGUGAAAUAGUCUUCAUGUGUAAAACUGUAAAGUGAUGUGUUGAGGAACUAAUAUUUGUAUUUUAGAUUUACAUUUCAAGCUCUUUGUCUUAUCAACACCAAUACUUUUGCUCAAUGUUUUACUGAAUGUUGAAAGUGUACUGCAGCUUUUAUAUAUUUCAACUUGAGAACAUUUAUAUUAAAAGUAUAUAUUUUAUACAAUAAUAUAAAAGUAUUUGCUCUUGUCUUUAUGUCUAUUUAUACCAUUGCUAUAACAUGAGAAGUUGUUCAGUAUUAUUAACUUUGCAUAGAAAUUAUAUUGAAAUAUUUGAGCAGUGAACUUGGUGAGUACUAUUGUUGGAAAAUGAAACCAAGCUGAAGCCAUGUUUACACCAAAAGCCUAUAAGCUAGCUGGCAGUGGCCAUGCAUGUUAAUUUUGCUUCACUGAUUGACUGACUAGUUUAAUUAACCAGUCAGAAUAAGCCAAAGCGAAACCUAGGCUUGUGGUGUAAAUAUCAUGUGAGAAGCACAUAAUUAUGUCAUUUUAAAAUCUCUGCAGGCUGCCAGGCCACAUCAUUGUCCCAGGAAUCCUGAUCCUCAUUCAUGUGAUUCUUAGAAUAGUUGACACAAGUCAACAAAUCAGCAAAACUUUUCAAUGGCUGUAUUUUAAGCUUUUAAAAUGUUCUACAGUCAUUUCAAAAUUUAUUUGUGCCUGGUGGAUAAAUAUUUUCCAAACAUGAACAAUUUGUAGCGCUGUAGUUUAAUUAAGCAUGCACUAAAUUGCAUAUGGCACAUCACAGAGUUUGAAUUGGGUCAUUCCAGAAAAGAUCCAUAGUUCACCCACCGAGGAAAUUUCUGCUGUCCAGAGGGGAAGGGGAGAAAUUUGUUUCUGAUAAUAGUAAGUGCAUUAAGACAUCUGAAUGGGGUAGGGUGGUUAGCUUCCAAUUUCCUCUAUGGAGGAGGUAUGGAUAUCUUCUGGAAUGACAUGAUACAUUAACAGUGUGCAAUGUGCAAUAUUGAAAAUUUCAAAUCAGUUUUCCAAAUAAUGUGCAAACUUUAUUUUGCAAAAUGAACAAAUUAAGGUCUAAUUUUGCUUUGUAUUUUGUUGUCAAUUUUAUUUUUGGACUAAAAGAAUGUGUGAAAAGCAGUACAAUCUCACAAAUUUUGCAAUGAAAUUGUUUCCAUUAUGUGCUUUAUGCAUUGAAAUGAAUAUAACUGGAACGCUACUUCCAACUGGAAAUUUGAAGCCAAAGUUGAAGGCCAGUCCCAGUCUUUUCACGCAUGCGAAGACCAGUCAAUCAUGACAUAAACAUGUGUGUCUGGAGGUCUGAUUUGGCUUCAAGAAAAAGAUAGGCAGUUUAUCUGAAGGUAACAUUCCAGUUAUGUUCAUUGGGUCGUUCCAGAAAAGAUCCAUACCCCCCCCCCACGGAGGAAAUUUUUGCUGUCCGAAGGGGGAGGGAGGAAAAAUGUCUUAGGAUGUCCGAAGGGGGGGGGGAGGAAAAAUGUGUUAGGAUGUCCGAAGGGGGGGAGAGGAAUGUAGAUAUGUUUGUCUGAAGGUUUGAGACUGUGAUAAAGCUAUGUGAUCGGCGAUUAUAAUGAGCACGCAAUUUUUAUCGGCUAUAUAUAUGCAGCUCUUGAACACCGGAACGUUUAUGUAACAGCAAUAAUUAUACGUCCACGUAACUCGUAAGCAAAAUAAGCGGCCCACUUUUGCAUGCAUGGCCACCAAAAACUAACUCGCUGUAACAGCGUAUCCCGCAUGUUGAGAAUGAGUCGAAAAUUGACACGCUUUAUUUAUAUAAAAGUAAAGUUUUGCAGUUUUCGUUUGUAUAUAUAAGUUUGAAUUAUUCAAGUGUUAAAAAUAAUAGUUAUUAAACUGUUGCUCAAAACAAUUUGUUUUAGUAUAUAGUCAAUAAAGCUUCUUUGCAAGAUGCGUGUCUAGAAAAUAGAAAUGGCUUUCAUAUUAAGGGCGAGGUUAAGAAAUGCAGUAAUACUAAAAAAUGCAUUAACAUGUAAGGGGCGGACCAUUUGACUUUUGAUGGGGGUGGAAUAUUUCGAAAAAAAAUUUCCUGCAACCCAAGGAGAAAGAAAAAAAAUCAUGCAGCAUACAAUCGAGAAAAAAAAGAUCAUGCAAAAGAGAGCGCUCAAAAAAAAUAUUUCUACAUGUAACUAUACUGAUGCUCUUCACUUCAGUAUUGUGUCCACAGGAUUGCAAGCUUUUGCAUUUUUGAGCAGGCACAUUUGCUUAAAAGAACACAGGGUGAAUAGUGGAUAACAUCACAGGGAUUCUACCGCCUUUGGAGCCUCUGACAUACGAUAGCCAGUGGUGUUCCCUGGCAAAAAUGUGGCCCCACCCCGUGAGAAAAUCUGGGCUUAAGAUAAUUAUGUACAAGUUUAUAAGUUAUUUAUACAUAUCUAUUAUGCAUGGUAGAAAAAGUAUUUUUGGAUGGUUGAGUCUGUGUGCGUUUUUUGAUAACAUGGCUCCAAACUAUUAAAGCUUCAAAGGCCCAUCUACAGGAUGCAAGUUGAAUGUACUGUAUAUACGAUGAUUUUAAUGCGAAAAUGCCAGUUUAGAGAGUCUAGAUUUUAAAAAAAUUCUGAAGAGGAUGCAACCCGAUCCCCAACAAGCUAGAUAUCUGUAUGAACGAUUGAAAAGCUACAGAGCUAUAUUUGGUGGAACAUUGUUGUUUCGGAGGGCAGUUAAAAAUUGCAUUAUUGAAAUCUUGUUUUAUUACAUAUUAAUCAAAGCUCAUUUUGUGAUUUUGUCACGAAAGAAAGUCGUCGUGGACGAAUCCAUGGCUGAAAACGCAGGAAAUAGCAUUUCCGAGGUUCAAAUUUUAAAAUUUUCUCGGGGGAGCAUGCCCCCGAACCCCCCAAGGUUACAGGUUAUUCAUAUACUGUACCCUCCCCCCAUUUUCGAGUACUCUACUCUAUCCCUGCAUGUUUUAGGUUUUGGUGCAGUUAUACAUUUUUUGUAAGUAAACCUGCACGCUUUAGUGUGGCGAACAUUAAGAUAUAACCAUAUAAAAUAAAGCACAGUGAAAAUUCCUUGGCCCCUCUUGGGAUUCAGUUCUCGGCCUCCUCUGACUGAAAACCCCUGCUACGUCUCUGUUGAUAGCUAUAUGAAAGCCUUAAGUUACUGUAAGCCGUUAUUAUGAGAGGCAAAAAAAAUAUCCUGCCGCCAAAUAUAUUGGGAAAAAAAUAUCUUGCGCUGCACUUUUACUGGAAAAAAAUAUCUGUCUUGUUCGCCUGGGCGGAAAAAAAUUCUUGCACGGACUGAAUCUUCCACUUCACAAAGUCAAAUGGUCCGCCCCUAAGUAAACAUAGCAACGCUUGUCAAUCAGUCGCAAGUUACAUCGAAUUUCAGUCCGAAUUUUACUUGAACGAAUUUCGAAGUGAAUUUCUGCAAAUUAUCCGACAAAACCUGCCACGUGUUUGUGUUCGCAAGUCACAAGAAGCCGCCAAGUGUUCCGCCACGCUGGAGCUAUUUGAAAACAGCAUAGAAAAGUCACAAUAAGCCAUCGCUAAUUCACUCUACGCUGGAGCGAAAUCGUUUGAAAACUUUCACGUCACUUUUGCCGUAACAAUUUGAGCACGGUUUCUAAACGGAGCGAGGUGAAAACGGCGGAGCGCUUGAUAGCUUCGUGUGAACACAAACGUGUAAACUCGAAUGCUUUUCAGUUAAAUUUCUUGGGUCUAUUUGAAAUAUUUUGGGUUUACACGAGUGCUAAUUCAAUUUGUAAACAAACUGUAAUGGCGGUAGUAUGAACACACGUAAAUUCUGCCCGCAUUAGUUCGCUUGCGCGUAGUGUGAACGUAGUCUAAUUUUCGGUGACGUUUUCAAACGGCGAGGUAGCCUUUAGAAAAAUUUAGAAAUAGUGGAUGUCCGAAGGGGAGGGGGGUAAUUUUGGGCUUUGAUGUCCGGAGAGGGGGGGGAGGAUGAACCAUUCAAGGAUGUCCAAAGGGGGGGAGGGGGUUAUUUUCGAUUUCCUCCGUAGGGGGGGGGGGUAUGGAUCUUUUCUGGAAUGACCCAUUUCAAUGUAUUUAUGUCAAUGUUUCCACUUUGUUAAAACUUCCUUGAAAUUUUCAUGAUGAAAAUUUGCACAUUGAUUUAUCCUCUAGACCCUCUAGACUGAUUCAAACUGUGUUGAUACAAGACAGUGAAAUCUGCACAUCCGGAUAUGUGCAAAUUGUCAUAUUGAAUAUAAUUACCUUAUAGGAAAUUAACGAUGCACUUUAUUAACACGGAUUUUAAAAAUUCGCGUUAAUUUAAUUAAUGUUAAUUUAUGUGAUCGUUAAUUUUAAGUAUGUAAUUUUCAUUUAUCGUUAAUUAAAAAUACCUAGAUUUGUUUUAUAUAACACUAACUCUUUUAAAAAAUACAGCAUAUUAACGUAAAGUAAAAACAUCAGUGCUCCUCUUAACAUUAAACCUUUGUUGUUGUUGUGUCUAUAUUUUCCGAUUCGCUUUAAUUUAAUUAAUUUGUCAACCAUGGAGAUCAGAUUCGCGUUAAUAUAAUCAUGUUUUAAAAGACCUAGAAGCAAUCCGUGUUAAUUUGAUGUCGCGUUAAUUUAUAAAGGGAUGUGUAUUUAUAAGCUUACAUUCAAAGGAAUCCUUUCAUAAAGGGAUGCAUAUAGACCCCUUGCACAUGACGUCAUAGCGCCGGUGAUGAUGCAUCUGGAGGACAAAUUAGCAAUCUAUGCAUAAUAUAACUUUUGUAAACAAAGCAAAUUUUGUAAAACUUUACAAUAAUUUUGUAUUAAAAUCGUUAAUUUUCGCGCUAUAUUUGGUUGUUGUACCCCAACAGAUAUUGUUAGGGAGCAUCUGGAGGACACUUUAAGGAUUUGUGACGUCAGUGCAAUGGGUCUAUAUUUACAAUCUUACUUUCAAAGGAUCGUACUUUCAUAAAGGGAUGCAUAUUUACAAUUUUACUUUCAAAGGGAGAAUGCUGGCACUCUUAAAUCAAAAAAUAAAUAAAUAUAUGACAGUUUCCAUUCUUCUCUUACAGGUUCUUGACUUGAAACAGAAAGUAGAGGAAGAAAAUGGGAAAGAUAAGUUUCCUGUUAAAGACAUGAAAUUAAUAUAUGCUGGUAAUUUGAAACUUAAUUUACAUGUAUAAUUAACCCUUUAUGUGGCAAUACCCCACCUGAUAUGCCCUACAUUAUUAUUCUACUCUGUCUAACACCAGAUGAUUUUACUCAUCAAGAAGAGAGUGCUGCCAUACUCAAUGGGUUAACAUACCAGACCUGCCAACUCUCACGGAUUUCCUGUGUGACUCAUGAAUUCAGGCAUUAUCUCACGGACUCACGGAAAUAUUUUCAAAUCUCACGGAUUCACGAUUUUGAAAUUUUAUCCACCACUAGACUUUAAAAUGGGAGUGUUUAAUGUGAAAUAAAACUAGCCAUUGACAGUAAUUCUAAUUUGUAAAAAAUCCCCAACGCUAUUAGUAUUUAUUUACUCGUUACCAGUGGCGAAGCUUGAGGUCGUGCUAGUUGUGCUGAGCACAAGUAAAAAAAUUUCAAAGAAAAUAAUUUUUUAGUCUUAAAAAAAAUUCCUCCAAAAUUUUAAAAACGAUUCAUCGUACACUUGCGUCAUCAAUUAAGUUCGAAAUGCUUUCAAAUCUGGCGAUUUUGCCCUGAUUUUAAACCAAUUCAAGGUAUGAUUGCGUAGUUUCACCCGACCGCGGGUUAAUAGCACGACUAAUGGGUAAUCCUCCUGUUAGUCGUGCUCUCGUCAGGCGAGCACGACUAAAUUAUAAAUUCCAACGCAUUCUAUUGGCUAAAUUGCUCCUCGCGCAUGCGUAUCUCGCCGAAUUUUGUCCAAGUUUAAUAAAUGCCGUAAAUUAUUCAGCAAUUCUGUCGAGAUUUAUUCAAGUGAUCUUGGUUAUGUAUCUAUGGAAAUCGACCAACGUCAAUCGAGUGAAUGGUAGGAAGGCCAUGUUGAUUUGGUUUUCGAUAGAAUAUUUCUGGCUUCUAACAAGAUAUUUUAGCUCACAAAAUGCAUGUGAACAGACUCGAUUGUGUAUUCUACUGUAUAUAAUGGCGAUAUAAACAAGAUUUGUGAAGACCUUUCCUCUUGAUAUAAAUAUAUUUACUACGAGUUCAUUUGCUUUAUUCAUGAGUGCUUAUAUAAUUGGAGGUUUACAGAUAUACCAAAUAUCUAAACAAAGUAUCUUUCAACAUUAGGUUUCUGCUUCAGAUUUACAAGGUCCUUGUAGACACUAUACUAUAGUAUACAGCAGUUGACCUUACGCAAUUCCAAAUUUAAUUAAGAUCAUAUUGCAGAAGGGUGUUAAAAUGUACACAUACAAUAUUCUCCUCUUUCUUCUGCCAAUAAUGGCUAUAUUGAGCGAUAUUUUCAGUAUAGUGAAAUAAAAUUAAAAUUUGUGGAAAUACAAAUUUCAAAAACAAAAAGUAUUAAGAAUUUUCCUCUUUAUAUCACUUUUUUAUGCUCUCUUUGCAUGAAUUUCACCCUGAAAUCGCAGGAAAUGGCCAUUCCAGACUUCGAAAAUCAAAAUUUUCCAGGGGUGCAUGCCCCCGGACCCCCCAGCCUGUGCGGGUCUUAGAGCAUGACUAGUCAAAUUCCCUCACCUUCGCCACAGAUGAUAGAUUAUACCAGAUGAAUCACUCUAUACCUAUCCCUAUGAUUUUCGUGUCUGCGAUUUUCGCGAGGCUAUCACGCCAGAUGACGUGUGCGACACUUACUGCCAAAAUGGCGCUUACUGCCAAAAUGCGUGAUUGCUCACGUUUCAUGGCGUGGAUUACACUUACUGCCAAAAUGGCGGCCAACGCGUGCUCAUAAAAAAUCGCGGACACAAUUUUAGCUGAGUAAUUCAUCUGGUAUUAUCUAUCAUCUGUGGCUUCGCCACUGCUCAUUACUAAAUAGCAAUCUAAGUACUCCGCCAUUUUGAAUAACCUAAGCGGUAUGCUCCAUUAGUGUAUCGCCGGCGCAGAGCGGGAAAUUUACUGCAAGAAAAUGGCGGAAGCAGAAACUUCUCAAAUCGGCCAAUGGGCUAUUCCUGUUUUAUAUUCACAUCUUCCCACAUUGAGGAAAUUGAUUUUUGAGUUGAAAAUGCGGGUCAGUGGUUGAAAAUCAUCCCCUUCCUCUGGAAUUCCAAGGUUCCUCAACAGGGGUGUGUGAGAUAAAAAUUGGAAUAGUAUCCCAAAUUAGUAAGAUACACUCGUAUAGACUAAGACCAGGUUGAACUUGUAAGUAAACUGUUGAGUUAAAGUUUUAUUUUGGAGGACAGUAAUUAAGCAAGUGACGUUUUUGACAACACGGACGUCGACCGGAAGUAAAGUUGACGUUUUUCACCAAUCACAGCCCUUGACCCAGUCUUUUGACGUUACUCAUGCCGUUCGUGUUGUCAAAAACGUCACUUGCUUAAGCUCACUAUUGUCUUAUCCAGAAUUACCCCAGAUUUUCAGUAUUUUAUCUCCAGAAAUAAGAGAUCAAUCUCAAGAAAUUUUCUAUCAGAUCUCCAGAUUCAACGUUGCUGUUGGAGGUUGGCAGGUCUGGCAUACACACAAUUGAAGGGUAUUGUGGAUGGAAAUUAUUGAGUGGAAAUUUAUAUACAUCUACUGUACAGUAUUAGUAUUAGACUUAAAGGGCCUGUCACACUAUUACGUAUGACAGAAACGUAUGAGAAGCGUAUGAAAAUUAAUGAAAUAAUUUUCAUAUGCACAAAAGUCCUUUGGAAUGGUAGCGUAUGCGUACCAUACAUCUGGCGUACCGCUAGCAUAUUCAGUGUGUGCCUAGAGUAUGCUUAUCGUAUAAACCAUACGUCCGAAUAUGCACAAAAUUUUUAAGCAUGCUUAAAAAAAGUUUCUGCCUCGCAGUAUUUCAGCGUAUGUCACCGUACGCGACCGUGCUUGAAACAUAUACAACCUAUGCCUAACAUACCACUAGCGUUUGUCAGCGUUUUUUCAGCAUAUGAGUGCUAUUUUUCAUACACUGGCAUGCACUAGUGCCGUACCGUAUGCAAUAGUGUGUCAGGGCCUUAACCAGGAACAGAAGCGAAAAAUGUAACUUUAGGUCCCUUGCAGCUAGGAAUCGAACCUGCGGCUCUAGAUUCCCGCCAGUAGAGACCUAAAGUUGCAUUUUUCGCUUCUGUUCCUGGUUAGGUCUAAGAAAUGUAUAUAAUUUUCCAUUCACAUCUACAAUACCCUUCAACUAAUAUUCAAUCGAGUGAGAUGCCAACAAAAUCUUGAUAUUUAACAUACACAUAGGGGCUAACAAGUAUCUACACAUGCCCAAAGGAACCUAGGUGCAUGAUUUUGAAGGGCAUUUUUAUUUAGUCUUUAUUGAUACAGUAUGUCAUAUUAAAAGGCCUGGAAAUGGUUUGAAACAGGGGCGAAACUACCGGGGGUGUGGGGAUGAUCGAUGUGACACCCCCUGUCUCUAUCUCGUCAGGUAUAUCCAUACAAUUUUGAAAAUAUUUGAGUGUCUCGGAUUGAAAUUAAAGUAAAAGUUGAGGGAAAAAUUUUGAUAAAUUUACGAAAAUGUGACUGAAAAAUUUUACAAAUUACGGUAAAUUAUUUUGAAAGUUAGUGAAAAAUGCUAUGUCCGGAAAUUUUUACGCCCCACCACCCCUUAAAAAGAAAUAUUAAUUAGCAACUGAAAUGUUCGGCUAUCGGGAACAACUUCGACCACGCCCUUGUGACUGAGUAAAACAAGCUCAUACCCCCUCCCCCCCCCCUCCAGCCAUAAAACCGAAGUUUCGCCCCUGGUUUGAAAUACCGGUACCAUACUCAAUGAAACUAAACAAGAAAUGUUAAGUAAUUCUUAUAAUUGCAAUAUUUUAUUAGGCAAAAUCUUGGUUGAUGACAAACCACUUACAGAAUAUAACAUUGAUGAAAAAACUGGAUUUAUUGUUGUCAUGAUUACAAAGGUAGAAUUGACUGAAAUUCUAACUACACCCUACAUGCAUGUACAGGCCUGGGAUAGAACUUUAUGCUGUUCCUUUAUUUGGUAUAAAUUAAAAUGCUUGACAGAAUAAUCACGGUCUUGGAAUUCUGUUUGUAUUGUAAAAAAAUAUGGUCGCUUCUUUUUGAGUGACAUAAUCGUUUGUCAUCAUCAAUCCGUGUCGUUGAACAAUGAAAAAAGUUGUCGUGAAAUUAGUGAAGAUAAAAUUGCAGUUUGUGAGAAAACUGCAGGUCUACGGAGCGGGGAACUUUUCGGGUUUGAACUCAGCGUGUUCGAAAGUGUUAGUUCCGGUAAAAAUAUUUCAGUUCCAAGACAGGUGAAAUCUACUGAAAUGAAAGUGAACGAUAUCGGGACGCAGCAAACGGCCUAUAUUUUACAAAACUUGCUCUUCAGAUAAUUAUGAAAUUUAUUGUAAUAUUGGUAGAUUUUUUCUUUGUCUGCCUUCUUGCUCAUAAUGUGUAAGUUUGUGUAAAUAUCCAUUCACUCUGACCCAUACAUUAAUGUUUAAGCUGCAGUAUACCUGGUGAACAGGCUUUCAGGCAUUUUUAGCCAUAUAUACAGUAACUAUUUCUGAACGCCAGUACCCAUGUGUGAAAUAUUAAAUUCUUGUUAUAAUCUGUAUAAAUAAUUUCCAAGCUAGCUAGGUUGUUGUUGUUGUUACAUGUAAAAUUGAUACUUUCAGUCAAAAUCAACACCAGCUACACCUGCACCUUCAGCUUCCUCUGGAACUACAGCAGCAUCUCAAAGCUCUGCAACAGUAAGACAUGAUUAUCUUUUUAUGGUUACAAAUAGUUUUAAAUAUGCACUGUACAAAGAUUACAAAUUUAUAUAUAAAAGCUCACUUCCAUUGUGUUCAUUUGAGCACUCUGAGUCUCUGACCCUAUUAUACUUUGCACAUGUCUCAGAUACAGUGUACUACAGUGUAAUUUUCACUCAAAAUUUUCAUCCCUGCAGAAUCCUGUAAGCAUAAUAAUAUCCUGUAAGCAUAAUAAUAUACGUGUAGUUGGAGUUUGGGGAAAAGAUCCAGCAAUUUAUACACCCUUCUGAAAAACGGCAGCACUCCCACCCCUCCCACCCCUGAAAAUAGAAUUAACAUCGUGACAUUUUGGCAUUUACAGUGGUUCACACCAUGAAAAUUAUGCCCUCUACAGUAUCUUUCCCUUUCAAAACUUGUUAAAUCAUUAAUGUGCUAAUUGGAAAUAUUUCGAGUUUAGCAGGUUACUUUCAAUUUAUUGUUGUACGUAUGUAAGUUGCUCUUAUAUUUUAACUUCUGUACUAGGCAUGUAGUAAAACACUGACUACCGGAACACCACCGAAACACCACCGGAACACCACCGGAACACCACCAUUUUGUUUGGGGUUAGGGUUUGGGGUUAAGGUUAGGGUUGGGGGUUGGGGUUAGGGUUAGGGUUAGGUGGUGUUCCGAUGUUCCGGUGGUGUUCCGGCGGUGUUCCGGUGGUGUUCCGGUGUUCCGGUAGUCAGUGUUUUACUACAUGCCUCUGUACUAAUUUCCAAGGCAACUACACCAGCUUCAGAUAAGGAUGAUGAGAAAGAAGAAGACAACUCAAAAUCUACAAGGUAGUGUUGAUAACUUCAGCAACUCCAGGAUACCCAUUUGAAGUGCUGCAGUAAGUGAUUACCGAUUUAUCGGCAAAUACUGCGAUAAAAUUUAAAUUUCGUACCUUUGAUGCAAUGAAACUAACGAAAAAUGUAUUAUUUCCCUUUGCUACAAAUUAUCAUAUUUAAAAAUAGAGAAAACUAAGUUUUAUCGCGGUAUUUGCCAAUAAAUUGGUAAUCGCUACAGAAAAACAGAACAAAUUACAGUAAAUCACAACAAACUACAGAAGCGUAAGUGGGACACUUUUUGUAUUUUCACUAUAAAAGUUACGCUCGAGCGGAGGUUCAUUGUCAGGAAUUUACCAGUAUGAUAUACUGUAUAUAGCUUUGAUAACACCCAGGCCUGGAAAAUAUUUUUCUUUCUUUGACCAUAUUUUGCCAAUAUUCCAGCAUGGCCAUAACUAGGCAGGAACGGAGAACGAAGCGUAAUGCCAUCCACUAUCGAGUCAAUCAGUCAGUCUAAAUGUCCUGACUUAUUUAGUAUACUAUGCAUUGUUUAAGUUUUUAAAACUUCACCACCCUUGCCCUUCAAACCCUUGUUGACAUCGCUUCUGCACUGCAAUUUAGUCCAUCCAUUUCGCCCUCUAUCCACCCAUUACUCUAUCAGUUUGUUUCUUUCUUUAUGUCUAUUUCAUUCAUACAUUUUGUUUUUUCGUUUUCUCUCCAUCCAAAAAUUUUCUGGUAACUUGAAAGUAUACUUGUCUUUUUCCACCCCUAAUAACACCAGAAUAGGUUUUUCUUGUGGAAUCUAAUUUAACGACUUUAAGAGCGAAGGCCUUCCUGACAAAUUCACUUGAAUUUCUUUGAUGUAAAAUAUGAUUUUAGUGAAAGCAGUACUACGAGUUCAACAACAACAACGACGACAAGCGGCUCCACAACGACCUCGACUACUCCAGCGACUACAGGUCCACCGUCUGUCGCAACUGCGGAAUCAACAUUAGGUAACACUUUGUACAUUGCCCUUUUUAUUCAGGAAACGUAAAUACAGAGUGUUCACCUGUGCAGUGAAACACGGAAGAGCACAUCUAUAAUAUAGAAAAACCUGUGAUUUUGCGACUACGAAAUUAUCUGAUUGUGACAUAAUAAUAUUCUGAUGAUACUUGAGAAAGGUUUCAGUUUUAACAGUUCUACUUCUGUUCUCUGCAGUUACUGGAACACAAUAUGAAGAGAUGGUUACAGCGAUUACAAGUAUGGGUUAUGAAAGAGAUCAGGUACAUUCUUCAAACUUUGAAACAUAUGUAACAACACUUAUAAGUUAUAUUAUACCAUUCCCCCACCUUAAAAUUCUCGGCCCCCAAAUCCUCCCCCCAAAAAACCGGCUGCUACACAAGCUAAAGUUAUCAUGCUUUAGUUUUUUAUUGAAUGUAAUUUAAGGUAAGAGUAAGAUGUAUUUUGUGCAUACAGUAUAUUAUUUGGAGUUUUGCAUGUAUAUAUUUACUAAAACUAUAAUUAUUAUUAUAGUUAUCUUCCUCGUGAAUUAAGAUAAAUCAUUAUGUUUUCAGUAGAAACGGUCAAAGACUGGAACGCUGGGUUCCAGUGUAAGAAGCGAAGAAUACAAACUGCAAACUUGUGUGAUGCAACUACCUUAAAAUAAGAACAAACUUCGACCUGUCGAGCCAAGGCCUCGCGCCUAAAAGCCCGUUUUUCACUAGGCGAAUUUGUUCACGUGAAGCGAGUCCCUUUUACCAGCUUUGUUGGCAUCGCUUUAAGGCUUUUGUUGGCGUGAUAAGCGAAUAAUGCAUGCAGACAAAGGAAAAAGUGCGCAUGGAGCGAAGAAAUUCCCCUAGUGGAAAACGGGCUUAACCUCCUUACAAAGGGUCCAAAAUCCAUUUAUUAAAAGCUAGCAAUAUGCAGUAAUUAAGUUUCAAACUUUGCCGCACUUUUUGGUUUCGGCAAAUACAUGCUGAGCCUCAUAUAAUAACUGAUUAUUAGUUGUUGUCUUGCAGGUUGUUCGAGCCUUAAGAGCAAGUUUCAAUAAUCCUGAUAGAGCUGUGGAGUAUCUUAUAUCGGUAUAUACAAAAUAUAAUAAUAUUACGUGCUUGGUCUGUCAUAACAAGAUCCCAUGCAGUCUGGUAUUUUAUGGGAAUGACCGUUUUAAUACGAAUUUAAUAUUUCAGGGCAUACCAACAGUUCAACAAGAGACGGCACCUGCAGACCAAGGCUCUGAAACAACUCCACCUGCCAGUGGUGGUGUUACUGGAGAUAGUCCUCUUGCAUUUCUACAAAAUCAACCUCAGUUUGCAUUGAUAAGACAAGCUGUACAACAGAAUCCCGGAUUACUGCCUACAUUAUUACAAGAACUUGGACAGUCUAAUCCACAGCUGCUACAGGUACUCUACAUUACAGUCUACAAUACUGCAUUUACAGGAUGAGUGAAUUUCCAUAUUAACAACAUCCUCAAUUCAUUAAAUACUAAUAGUGUGUCAAAAUUUCUAAUCAUUUCCUUAACCCCAACCUAAUUCUCGUAUGGGCCGGUUGUAUCAAGCCCGUUUAGCUUAAACGUGGAUAAUUCAAAAUUAAAUAACACUCUUAUAUCUCUCGUGAAUCAGUCAACUUAAAUAUUGUGCACUGAAUAUGUAGUUGUAAACAUUAUGGUUCUAUUAAGGUUCAAAACUUUUAGUUUGGUUGUUGAAUGAAUCUAUAGACUUGCUUUCUAUUUUGAGCUUAACCGCCGUUUAAGCUAAACGGGCUUGAUACAACUGGGGCCAGUGGGCCGGUUGUUCAAAAGCUGGUUAGCUCAACCCAGGGUUAACAUGAAAUUCAAAGAAUACUUCCCAGCAGCUUGUUUAUAAACUUGGAAAUAUUUUUUCAGAAAUCCUGUUAGUCUUUCCCGUGUUAGAUUGCAACCAAUGGAUCAUCAGAAGUUUCAUUUUCUAAGGUUUUGAAAUGAACAGACGUACAUAUAUACAUAAACCAAAGCAAUGGGUUCAAUUUAAACCACGACUAGCGCUAAUCGUGCUUUGAACAACCGGCCAAUACUUUAUUGUAAACAAGACUCAAAGUUAUCAUAUUGUGUGAUGAACGGAUGUUUAAGAAAGCCAUAGCUUUGACUAUAUUUUGCAAAUUCUAUUCAUGUUUAAAUAACCCGACCUAAUUAUCUUUACUUGUAGUAUAUUACACAACAUCAGGAAGAAUUUAUCAAUUUAUUAAAUCAACCCGUCGAGGGAGGUGGUACAGGUACGUUCUGUUACUUCACUUCAUUAUGUAAAAGUUGAAAUUAAUGUAAAAUAUCAGGUUACCUUGCCUUACAUGUACCUCAACCAACCUUUCCUUCCCUUACCUACUGUAUCUUAAGACCUUACCUUGUUUUGCCUUGUCUUGCCUUAUGUACCUUACCCAACUUUACCUUACAGUACCUUACCCUACCCUACCCUACCCUACCCUACCCUACCCUACCCUAGUACCCUACCCUAGUACCCUACCCUACCCUAGUACCUUACCUUGCCUUACAUUACAUUACAUUACCCUGUACAUGCAGGUAUCUUAUUGUAUCAUUCAAUGCCUCGCGUACACCACACCUUGCCUAUAAAUGAACAAUAACUAUACUAUCACAAAAAACAUGCCAUACUGUAUCCUUUAAUACGUUAUUCUACAUUACCUAUUCCACAAUCUUGGUUUAUUAUCUUUCUUUUACUAUUUUUUACUGUAAAAUGGCACCUACAGCUGUACAGGAUAAUCGCAUGCCUAAAAAUGUUAAUAAUAUCCCCAUACGUGUUUUGUUGUGUUUCUCCAUGCAGCUCAACCUGCAGGAACAGGUAAUACUGGUUCCGCUCAGCCACCCGCAGGUGAAGGACAGCCUGGUAAUCAACCUGGUAAUCCGCCUGGCGGUGGAGAAAUGGGCACGAGUUAUAUUCAAGUUACUCCUGAGGAGAGGCAGGCUAUUGAAAGGGUAAGAGAUUAAAAUGUUCCAAAAAGCAGUAUUCGUUGUAUAGUUGAGUAUGUAGAAUCGAAGUAUAUGUUUACAAACUGUGCCGGGUUUUUUUUCCCACUUUUUAGUUAAAAGCUCUUGGAUUUCCAGAAGGUCUAGUGGUCCAAGCGUACUUUGCUUGUGAAAAGAACGAAACUCUGGCAGCAAACUUCUUAUUAGAGCAAGGCUUUGAUGAUUAACAUUAAGAAAUUGUGGAGAAGACCAAGUUACUAAAGCAGUACUAACAGAGCAAACUUAAGAAAUGCUCCACAUGUCGUUUAUCGGGACAAAGCAACUCAUUAGGAGGAGAACAGGCAUAAAUUUUAAAAUCUCCUAUAUAACUAUAUCUGGCUAGUAUUGGUGGUAUUGAUUAUACAAGAUUAACCUCAUGUAAGUUUGGCUAGAUGAUGUCGUAAUAGUCCGAAGAAUCAGUACGGUAGUACUUCCUCAUUAGCUCGUUUUCCUUAGUUACUAUAAAGUUGAUUCUCCUUCCGUUUCGCAUGUUAUGAAAAGUAUUAGUUUUUAAUUAUAACUCCUGUCUUAUCCAUACGGCAGAUACAAUGCUCCAUGUAUUAUUGUUUUAGAAAGUGUUUUCGUAAAACGUUUCGUCGUAUAGGCAGGAGACGGCAACGUUCAGCAGGUUCAGGAUGGCAACGCGAAUGUACAGCAAACAGGACAUAAAAAUAACGUGCUGAGUAUUUUCUAUGCAUUGUACAAAUUGCAAACUGACACGAGUAGACCACACAAUUUCCACUGCCUGUGCAGCGUCACGGUCGCGUAUAGUUGAAAACUGCUUGGCCUAUUCCUAGGUUAGUGUAAACCUUCAAAGCAAACUCCCGGCCAACAACUUGUAAAAUUUUCCAGAAAUAUUCCCCCCAGAAUUCUUGUCUGCAUUGAUAACAGUUCUAUUUUAUAAAGUUAUAAAACAAACUGUGUUGAGGUGUAGAAAUGCGCAAACCAAAAUAGCUGGUUAAAUUCAGUUUCGUGUUUCCCUAAUCGUGCUUUGAACAACCAGUCCCAGAGGGCAGAGUCCCUAAUUUUCCAGGGCUGGUAAUUUAGUGCAAAAGCUGACGUCCUGCAGUAUAUCUCCAUCAUGGGCUUGUCUUUUAAUAAGUGAUCGGCCUCCAUAUAUUACGGCAUUUCAUAGUUACUGUAUAUAUGUAGAGCUGAUACACUAUAUAGAAAUCGAUAGCAUUGAGCCUGUUAAAACUGAUACAUAUGAUGACAUAUUAUUUGUCACAAGACUAAACAUAACUGGUCUAACCAAGACUGCUGUAAUAAAGUCGAGUUCAGCGUCUGCCAAAGUGUAGAUAAAAGAAACCAUUGUUGUCAGCCUGGAUCUUUCCCAAGCCUGAUAUGAUUUUCUCAUUUCUGAUUCUUAAGCACCGAUCAAACAAGGAUGAGAGUUGAUAUUGUUUAAGCCUGGUUCACACUAGCAAUUUUGUCGGCGAUUUUGUGUUUCUGACGGAUGCAAAUGAGUGAACUCGCGCACACAAAAGUGUAGAGUCGCUUUUUAGAAGUGAACAAUAAGUCUUUUGCAUGUCAUUUAUUCGAUCACAUUUACCAGGAGGAGAAAAAUCGCCGACAGAAUUGCUAGUGUGAACCAGGCUUAUAAAGCCUAGUUUCCAUUUGGUCGUUAGUUGUCGCUGGCACGACAAGUGGCUGAUGUAAUAGAGUGUCAACAAAACCUUAUAAAACUCUGCAAUCAUUAAGACUGAUUUGCAUAUAACACACAAAAAGACUAUUAUUAUAUUAGACUAUUUCACAUCUACCGCUUGUCGUGCCAGCGACAACUAACGACCAUUUGAAAACUAGGCUUAAGGGACAUUUGUGUUCCAACUAUGUUUUAUCUAACUUGAUUAAAUGGAGUACAUGAUAUAGUGUUGGGAAAGCAUUAAGAACCAAGGGCAAGGUCGCGUGAAUGUCAUACAGUCUCAUCCUCGUUUGACCCAGGUUUUACGAUUGUUACGACAUGUCCAUAUUGAGGAUAUAAUUAGAAACUAUGUUGAAAGGAGAAUGGUAAUUCUCACCUGUAACUAUUUUUGGUAAAUUAAGUCAGUCUGUAAUUAGGCAUUGUAAGUCAGAAUUACAUGAACACGAGCUUUUUCAACUGUCAAC